GUCUGAGUAGGAGGACCCGACGCACUAUGUUGACUCAUCUUUGAGGGUAUCAACUGCUGGUUAGAGACUUAUCUAAAGUUACAGCGAUUUGCAAAAAAAAACUGUUUAGGCUACGUGGCGCGAAUAGUUGAUUUGUACGGGAGGAUUACAUUUAACCGUUUACCAGCCGAACCUGCUUUUUGGUCUGUAUAAGAAUGGAUGUUUCAUUAAGUUUGUUCGUUUUAACAUUGUCCUGCACCUUUGGAACGAUGCACAGCCUGCAGAUGUGUGACAUCAUGAUGGAGAUUGAGAGGGAAAGAGACGAAUGCCUGUCUCAAAUGGAAAACAUGACAUCAGGUUGCAGUGGGAUAUGGGACAAGGUGGCCUGCUGGCCCAGUGCAAGAGUGGGAAAAGUAGUCACCAUCCCUUGUCCCAAGUACUUUACCUACUUUACUAACCAUUUCCACAUGGGUAAUCUGUCAAAGACCUGCACUAUAGACGGCUGGUCCGAGAUCAACCCAGACUCUUAUGCGUUGGAUUGUGGAUACAAUCCGAAUAGUACCACAGGUGAAGAGGCGGGAAAGUUCUACUGGGCGGUCAAAGUAGGUUAUACCAUCGGCCACAGUGUUUCGCUCAUCUCCCUCACCAUCGCCAUCAUUAUACUGUGCACUUUCAGGAAGUUACAUUGUACAAGGAACUACAUCCACAUGAACCUGUUUGUCUCCUUCAUACUGAAAGCCAUUGCCGUGUUCAUUAAGGAUGUGGUUCUGUAUGAAGUUGGGGAGUCUGAUAACUGCCAACCAGGGCCGGUGGGCUGCAAGGUGGUGAUCGUGUUCUUCCAGUAUGGCAUCAUGGCCAGCUAUUUCUGGCUCCUGGUGGAGGGUCUGUACCUUCACGCCCUGUUGGCCGUCUCAUUCUUCUCUGAGAAGAAGUACUUCUGGUGGUAUAUUCUGAUAGGGUGGGGUGUUCCAGCUGUCUUUAUUACUGCGUGGGUGAUAACUAAAGCUUAUUCAAAUGAUAUGGGAUGCUGGGAUACAAUUGACAACCAUGCCUGGUGGAUCGUUAAAACGCCAAUCUUAGCAACCAUACUUGUGAACUUCAUUCUCUUCAUCUGUAUCAUCCGGAUACUGCGCCAGAAGAUAAAUUGUCGAGACAUAGGAAGAAAGGAAUCUAAUCAGUACUCGAGACUGGCAAAGUCGACAUUGCUCCUGAUACCUCUAUUUGGGAUCAACUACAUAAUAUUUGCCUUCAUUCCUGAUGACAUACACCCACGACUGAGACUGGUCUUCGACCUUAUUCUGGGGUCUUUUCAGGGUUUUGGAGUGGCAGUCUUGUAUUGCUUCUUAAAUGGAGAGGCACAGGCUGAGAUUAAGCGUAAGUGGCGCAGGUGGCUCCUGCAGAGGUUACUGGGUGCCGACAUUAAGUAUCAGCAGCCCUCUCUGGGCAGCAACGGCAACAACUUCAGCACCCAGAUCACAAUGCUGACUAAGUGCAGCCCCAUCACACACAGGGCCUCGGACUGCCAAGGUGACCUUUCAUCUAUCUGAGUACCAGGACUGAAGCAACCUUGGGAAGAAAACCAAGCUUACUGUAGAUCGGUCAACCUGCACCCAGGCAGCAAUAGAUUAGAGGUUAUCCAAACCAGUGGUUAGUUAACUCACAAGAUAGUCUCUAUAGAGUUGGAAACAUCUCCAUCAAACCUCUGUACGAUCUCUAUCUAUGUGUUUGAGUGUUGCAUGUGACUGUAUUUUACUUCUUCGUUCGUGAGUUGGUCCCUUUGACCAGCAUGUGAUGAGAGUUUGAUUCAUAGUUCAGGAGGGAGGACAUUAGCAAAACACAGAACUAAACUGGACUCAGAGAUGUCCAUACUGAAACUGAAUUUACAGAGCUUAAUCCUCACAGAAUUUUGUGUCUUACUCACCGCAUCAGAGCUCCAUGGAAAUAGCUGAGGUCAUCAGGGGGGUUCAGGGGGCUUUAGUGACACCACAGUAUUUAUCUAUCUAAUAUAUAAAUAUAAGUAUUGGUCACUAUUUAUUGUCCUUAGCCGAGAGAGCGUGGGGAGUACUGCAUCUUGUGCUGAAGGAGAUAUGGGUGUGGGUAAGAGAGGAUUAAGACCACUUAAUCUAAUGGCUCACCAUGCUGGUAUCCUGGGACCUAUAAGAAGUUAGUAGGACUAUGAGGCUGAGCAGAUCACCUUUGGAUGCUCACAUCCCAUCAGCUAUCUAUCAUGGGAGCAUCUGGUCGCCUGUGCUACCCCAGCCAGAGGCCUCGUCAGUGGAGAUGACGGUUUUAUUUGAGAACCUACUUUUUGUGUAAAUAUAUAGUUGAAUAACAUUCCAGAGUUCAAACAAAAGGCUCUCUUGUAUCUCUGCGGUAGCAGAUGCUCUUAGUUGUGUCUGAGUGCAUAGUUUGUUGAGCAGUCAUUCAUUUUAGGAGACUCAACUGAGAAGCCAGCUGUAUUUAAUCAGCGUGUUGGUCCAAGUAUGUGAAUUUUGUUAAUAAUAAUGUAAUGUAUUCAUUAAGCAGACACUUUUAUUGAAUGUGACCCGACAGUACGGAGGGGAUUAGAGGGUAUAGCUCUGUGGUUAGAGUCAAAUCAAAUCAAAAUGUAUUUGUAUAGCCCUUUUUACAAGCAAUGUCACAGAGGGCUUCACAUACGCCCAUAGAACCCCUCAACCAACCUAAACCCUCAAGGAAGACAAGGAAUAACUCCCAGGAAAACUCACUAGAGGACAACAAAUGGAAGAAACCUUGGGAGGAGAAAUAUUUAUCAUUAGUCAUACAUAUUAGCGUCUCUGGAGGAGGGGAUCCCUCCAGAGACGAUUGGUGAAAGAGAGGUGCAGAACAUAGGCUAAACAUAGUCAUACAGCAGAGAACUGUCAAUGGGUGUUGAAACACCAAAAUCCAGUGUUCAUCUUGGGUCAGAGUUGGUAAAUGUCAGUUUAAGCAUCAUUCGCUAUUUAUGUGAUUACUCACAUUAAGUCACGGUAUUGUGUCAAAUCUGAGUAUGGUGUUUUACUAUAUAAAUGGGUGAAUAUAAAUAAGUUAAAGAACCUCUAAAAAACCCAAAUAACCCUUGCAUUGUUGUAGUGAAAUGUAAUAUAUGGCAGAAGUAUCCUACAGAUUUAUACCAUGUUAAAUCCUUCAGAUUUACAGUUCUCAGGUGUGGACAGAAUGUUUACAGUGAAUUAUGUAAUGUACAUAUGUUCCUCAUUUGUAGUAUUUUUAUUAUUUGUCCAGUCACAAUGUAUUAUUAUACAUAUGAAUUACUAUUGUGUUAAUAUUAUUUCAAGUGUUUUAUUCUGCAAAACACACUAAAUACUAUGUAUGUUCCUGCAAAGUCUUUGUAAAUAUUCACUAAUAAUGCAGUCUAUAUGGAAUCUGUUGCAAGAAUA